GGCCUCUUGAAUUCAUUAGAAUAAAACCUCCAGGCUAACAAUGCUGCUUAGCUUUUCUAUCAACCUUAAGCGACACUUGGCGAAUUACGUUUUUACGUUCAUCUGACAGCUUCUUUCAAAAUCUGAAUCAUCCAAGCUUAUGUUCAUGGCAAUAUCUUUGCUCCCUUUCUUUUCCACACAAGCUCUUCUUCUCUUGAUCCUUUUAUUUUCCUCCACAUAUGUCACCUCACAAGCACCACCUGCCUCAAACUUUUCAUGUCCUGUUGAUUCACCUACCACAUGCUCUACAUAUUUCACUUACCUCGCCCAGCCACCAAAUUUCUUGGACCUCGGAAACAUUUCUGAUCUAUUUGGGGUCAGUCGUAAGGAAAUAGCAACUGCAAGCAACCUGGAGUCUGAGGACACCCCAUUAUUUCCAAAUCAACUUUUGCUUGUACCUAAACCUUGUGGUUGCACAGGUAACCGAUCUUUUGUCAACAUAACUUACCAAAUCCAGCAAGGUGAAAGCUUCUACUUGGUUUCGACUACUUCUUUUGAGAACCUCACCCGUUGGCAAGAGGUGGAAGCUUUGAACCCCAGUCUGACUCCAACCCUCUUGCAUGCUGGUGACAAGGUUAUAUUUCCUUUGUUCUGUAAGUGCCCUUCAAAUACUCAUUUGGAGAGCGGAAUUGCUUAUCUCAUUACUUAUGUGUGGCAACCUAGUGAUGAUCUCACGAAAGUUGCUGCUAAACUUAAUGCCUCUGAACGUAACAUUGUGAUUGAAAACAACUAUGUGAACUUUACUUCUGCAGUCUACCUCCCGGUAUUGAUCCCUGUGUCCCAGUUGCCAGUUCUCUCUCAGCAAUACCCCUCUCCUGAAAGAACAGAAUCCAGGAAUCGUUGGAUCAUCAUUGUUGCUGCAAGCAUUGCAAGCGCUCUUUUCAUCUUCCUUUUGAUUGCUUUUCUGGCCCAUAAACGUUGUUCAUAUAAGAGAACUAAAGCUUUGGAUCGCACUGGAUCUUGUUUGGAGACCAGUGAUCUCAUUCAAACAAAGGAACUUACAAAACUGGAGAGUUUAGAGGCAAAGAUCACACCAGAUAAGCUGCUUCCAGGGGUUUCAGGCUAUCUGGGCAGGCCGAUCAUUUAUGAGGUUAAAGAGAUCAUGGAGGGCACGAUGGAUCUAAAUGAACAUUAUAAGAUAGGAGGAUCAGUAUAUAGGGCCAAAAUCAGUGGCCGGGUCUUGGCAGUGAAGAAAACCAAGGAUGAUGUCACAGAAGAACUAAAGAUUUUGCAGAAAGUCAGUCAUGCAAAUCUGGUUAAACUAAUGGGGAUGUCAUCUGGAUUUGACAGAGAAGGAAAUCGCUUCUUGGUCUAUGAAUAUGCAGAAAAUGGGUCGCUGGAAAAGUGGUUGCAUCCCACCUCUGAAUCUUCCUCAAGCUCUGCGGGUUUCCUCACUUGGAGUCAAAGGUUACAUGUAGCACUAGAUGUGGCCAAUGGCCUGCAAUACAUGCAUGAACACACUCAACCAAGCAUCGUUCACAAAGAUAUUCGAACAACUAAUAUUCUUCUCGAUUCCAAAUUUCGGGCGAAAAUAGCAAAUUUCUCAAUGGCUAGACCUGCCACAGACUCAUUGAUGCCAAAAGUUGAUGUAUUUGAUUAUGGAGUUGUUUUGUUACAAUUGCUUUCUGGAAAGAAGGCCAUGGUAACCAAAGAAAAUGGCGAGAUUGUUCUGCUGUGCAAGGAAAUCAAAGCCGUCUUGGAAAUUGAAGAGAAAAGAGAGAAGAGUCUAAGAAAGUGGAUGGAUCCCUGCUUGGAGAGGUUUUAUCCCAUUGAUAGUGCUCUGAGCUUGGCAACCUUGGCAAGGUUGUGCACUCUGGAGGAGUCUUCAGAAAGGCCAAGCAUGGCAGAAAUUGUCUUUAACCUCACAGUUCUCACUCAGUCACCUCCUGAGACAUUUGAAAGAUGGACAUCUGGGAUGGAAACAGAAGAUUUUACUCGACUCAUCAGCCCUGUCACAGCUCGUUGAUUUAGCACAGAAGUAACUGGGCUGACAAGUCCAAGUAGAUCUCCUACAUCCAAUUCAUGCAAUGAAAAUCAGUGUACAUUAUCAAUCUUUCAGUUUAAGUUAUGGAUGGUUUUAUAGUGUGAAUAGAGCAAUGUUUAACCUCAUAA